CCUCAACCUCAAGACGGGCCGAAAUGGGAAGCUAUUAAUGCACAGCACGUGCCGCAGUUAAAGUUAUGAUUGUCAUAAAGCCCAGCGCUUGGGUGCUGGGAUUGUGCAAAUUGUUGUUGGCACGUGCAUUGAGGAAACUUUUGUGUGUUCCCGACACGGAAUGCGCCUUGCGUCAGCGCAGACAUUGGGUCACUUUUGGCAACCGGGUGACGGUUGGCAAAGCGUUUAAAACCACGCAGCAACAGCUCCAAGAGACAGUCCAGAAAGUGCAAUCAAUCAAUCCACAGUGCAAUCCAACAUAAUUAAACAUGGCUCUGCUCAAGUCUCUCCUCAUCAGCUGCGCUCUGUUUGCCGUCAUCGAGUGCGCCCUGCUGCCCGGCGUGCCCGUGAACACAGACUUUGAUCCGCAUCCACAAUACGCGUACGCCUACAAUGUGCAGGAUGCCAUCACCGGAGAUAGCAAGAGCCAGCAGGAGGUGCGUGAUGGAGAUGUGGUCAAGGGCUCCUACUCGGUGGUCGAUGCCGACGGUUCGCUGCGCACCGUUUUCUACACGGCCGAUCCCAUCAACGGCUUCAAUGCGGUCGUACAGCGCGGUCCAGUUCCAGCUGCAGUUGCAGCUCCAGUUCCCGUGGUCGGCCCACGUCCAGUCGCCCCAUUCCUGGGCUAGGCAACAGCUGUUGCUCCAUUCUUCUGAUCUUAGCUUGUAGAUAAGUUAUUGUCCGUUCUGUAGAUCUAACCAAACUCAUAAAUCAUUUAAUAAAUCCAGUUAGCCAAAGAGAA